AUGUUAUCACCUGCGGCGGCAGGAAUAUUUACGUCGUCGUGGAGGGUCGUCGUCCAAGCUGUUGGAUUUGUGGUGCGGUCGGACACCUGGCAAAGUCCGCCACAGCCUCAACCAGCCACGGAGCAGCCCAUGACGGAAAAACCAAAGAGAGCUCCAAGUCGUACUAGCGAGUGGACAGAUGGUGAGGAUGGAGGGGGCAAAGCAGCAAUUUCACCUCCCCAGCAGGAUGUCCGAGACAAGGGUGCUGCCAAACAGCAAGAGAAGCCGGAUGUCCCCAGCAAAAGAGAUGCUAAGCAAAAUGGGAAGCAACAGCAGCAGACACAGCAGCAGCAGACACAGCAGCAGCAGACAGCAGCAGACGCAGCAGCGACAGAAACUGCGGGAGCAGCAACGCGAGCAACAGCGGCAGCAGGCAGUGCAGCAGCAACAGCAGGUGGGAAAAGAGGUACAACCUGA